AGGGUAUCGUCCCUCGUCCCCUCUCAUCCGAGCCAUUCCAGACAUGACGGUGUUAAAAAAAAAACGUUAAAUUCCGGCAAGUAUUGAAUUUGUCGUUCUGGUCGUAGAGUCCCCCUGCUUAUUUGGCAGGGGCCAUAGGGUUAGGACGCUGCCUCUCGUUCUCGGGAUGUCAUUCCAUGUCGUCUCCAUCACCGCACACACUAGAGUCAGUGGAGGCAGCUCGGUCUUAUUAUGUGUCUCACCCUGAGCCCCUCCUAUGUCCUCCUCCCCCCUCCUCCUCUUCCCGGCUCUCCCCAUCAGAUAGAGCUCAGCAAGCAGCAGCAGAAGAGGAGGAAAACCCUCAGCAAUUCAUCAAUGAAUGAGUGACAACCAGCGCAGCAUGCAUGAUCCCCUCAGCUGCUCUCCGUCUUUCUUGCGCUGCCUAUAGGGAAGCCAUCACUUCUUCAAGGAGAAAACCAGGAUUCUCUUCCAUGGAAACCUAGAAGAAGGGACCAGGAACCGAGCAGCAGCAGCAGCAGGAGGCAGCAGACAUGAGAUGGAGCUCCACGACUACCAUGCACAGCAGGGUCUGACCAUCUGACUGCCAGCUCCGACUAGACCCAAGGCACAUAUCAUGUGAACGGACACCGAAAAUGUGCCAACCAUUCGGCUCCUGGGAGGUGAUUUUUGAAGCUGUCGGAGACGUACAAUGGGCCACUCCCUUACUUGAGAUCUGGGGACCUGUCUGAAGACAGCAGAGGAGUAGGCUGGUCAACGCUGGUCUGUGCUGGUGCGAUGAUGGUCUCCUGGUUCUAGAUGACACAUUGUGUAUGAACGUAGCGGACGUGGUGGAGUGGUGAAGACCCAUCUGUGAUCUCACCUACUGGAGAUGUAACCCUUGCUUCCCAUCAGAUCAUGGCAUUGGGGCUCCUUGGCCUUCCCUCCAGCAGCUCACCCUACGGGACCAGUCAAGAUGGGGCUGAAGAGCAGACACUCGGAGGGUCCUCCUAGGGAUGACAAGGGUGAGAAGAAAGGGGAUCUAGAACCCAGCUCUCUGGGGACCGGACUGGAUAAAGAUGGGACCUUGCUACUGGUGGGAACCGGGAAGGAGGACGUGAAGCGUAACCCGCAGGGAAUUGGGCUUUUGGUUAAAACACCUCUGAACUGUAACCGACCGGUCAAGAGGAACAACGCUAAGUACAGGAGGGUCCAAACUUUAAUCUAUGAUGCCCUGGAGAGGCCGAGAGGGUGGGCGCUGCUCUACCAUGCCUUCGUGUUCCUUAUUGUCCUGGGGUGUCUGGUGUUAGCGAUUCUUACAACGUUUAAAGAAUAUGAAGAUAUAUCAGGAGACUGGCUCCUCCUUAUAGAACGAUUCGCCCUGGUCAUCUUCGGAGCAGAAUUCGCCUUACGGAUCUGGGCUGCCGGCUGUUGCUGUCGCUAUAAGGGCUGGAGGGGAAGGCUGAAGUUUGCAAGGAAACCUCUCUGUAUGCUGGAUAUCUUUGUCCUGGUCGCUUCUAUUCCUGUGGUCGCUGUUGGGAAAAAUCAGGGAAAUGUGUUGGCCACGUCUCUUCGGAGUUUGCGUUUCCUCCAGAUUCUGCGGAUGUUGCGGAUGGACCGGAGAGGGGGGACAUGGAAGCUUCUGGGGUCUGCGAUCUGUUCACACAGUAAGGAACUCAUCACUGCCUGGUAUAUCGGGUUCCUGACGCUAAUCCUCUCGUCAUUCCUUGUCUACUUGGUGGAGAAAGACGACCAUGAACUGAAUGAGAAGGGGGAGAAAAUGGAAGACUUUGAGACGUACGCUGACGCCCUCUGGUGGGGACUGAUCACGCUUGCGACAAUUGGCUACGGAGACAAGACCCCGAAGACCUGGGAGGGCCGAUUGAUCGCCGCCACCUUCUCCUUGAUCGGUGUCUCGUUUUUUGCACUUCCUGCUGGGAUUCUGGGAUCCGGACUUGCUCUGAAGGUUCAGGAACAACAUCGCCAGAAACACUUUGAGAAGAGAAGGAAACCGGCGGCAGAGCUUAUCCAGUGUGCCUGGAGAUUUUACGCCACCAACCUGAGCAGGAUCGAUCUGACCGCCACCUGGAAGUACUAUGAGACUGUGGUCCAGUUCCCAUAUUUUAGGAAAGAACCGAUGGAUGGUGCCUCUAGUCAAAGAUGGAGCCUGUUAGAUCGGGUACGGCUAUCCAACCCACGCGGGAACAGUCCAAAAUCAAAAACAUUUUCCCCAUUGAACAUUGAAGGUGUGGAAGAGAGCCCCUCGAAAGAGCCAAAGAACAUUGCCCUGAGCAAUAAAGAGCGAUUUCGCACUGCGCUGAGGAUGAAAGCGUACGCUUUUUGGCAAAGCUCAGAAGAUGCCGGAACAGCAGGAGAUCCCAUGGCUGAUGGUGGAUACAGUAAUGAGUUCCUGGUCGAAGAUUUAAUCCCUACAAUAAAAGUGGCCAUCCAUGCUUCUAGAAUACUACAGUUCCUUUUACGUAAAAAAAAAUUUAAGGAGACGUUGAGGCCGUAUGAUGUGAAAGAUGUUAUAGAGCAAUAUUCUGCCGGCCAUUUGGACAUGCUCGCCAGAAUUAAAUACCUCCAGUCAAGAAUAGACAUGGUCUUUGCCCCCGGUCCCCUUUCUACACCCAAACAUAAGAAGUCCCAGAAAGGACUGGGCGGUCUUGGUGGAUAUGGGUAUCCAUCCCAACAGUCUCCAAGGCAUGAACCCUAUGGGUCCAAACCUUCAGAUUUCGAAGACCAAAGCAUGAUGGGGAAAUUUGUAAGAGUAGAGAGACAGGUCCAAGAUAUGGAAAAGAAAUUAGACUUUUUGGUUGACAUGCACAUGCAGCAUAUGGACCAACUACAGGUCCAGGUAACUGAGUACUACCCACUUAGAGAGUCCCAAGUAGAAGAGGAAGGAGAAGAGAACCGAUUUUCUGAAGUCGGUAGGGUGGUGUAUAACUAUACAGAGUCCUGCUCUCAUGGAAAUCCCUACGACAUGCACCAAGUUUCAUUUAAUAAGUUGGAUCAGUAUGGGUUCUUUGAGGACUACCCAGUGGAGUUUACCGCACCCAUGCCUUUUAAUGGUGAAAACUGUACUAGGAGGAGCAUGACCUCCUCACCCAAUUAUACAGAAAGGCCAACAGUUUUGCCCAUUCAGACUUUGAUAGACUUUCGGCAUGAAAGAGAGAACUCAAACCUGUAUGCCGAAAGGGCCUCCCCGAUCCACAGAAGAAGUUUUACAAGAGAUAGCGACACGCCCCUAUCUCUCCUCUCGGUCAACCACGAUGAACUUCAGAGGUCCCCAAGUGGUUUCAGUAUUUCUCAAGAGAAAGAAGACUUUAAUUUUGGUCCCAACGGCUCAACGUGGAUGAGAGAUAAACGUUACCUAGCAGAAGGUGAAACGGAUACAGAUACGGACCCAUUCACCCCUAGCGGCCCAAUGACCUUGUCGUCAACGGGAGAUGCCAUUUCAGAAUCGGCAUGGACUCCUUCCAAACCUGUUUAAAUCCGGAAAGCCCCGGGUGGGGAAAAAAAAAAAAGACCUUUUCAUACGAUGUUCUAAAUCUUUGUAUAAGUUACUAUACACUUUCCAAAGUUGAAAUAGCUGAAAAGCGGGGAAAAAACAAAAAAACAAAAAAAAAAAAACACCACCAAUGGCUAAAUAUGAUGCAUGUUUAACUUUGUAGUCAUGGCAUCAUCUCACAUAAGUUCGAUCACUUUUAUUUUGUUGCUCUUCACGAAAAUGAAACAGCAUUUAGAUUUCAGCAUGACUUGCAUGCGUUUACAUGAUAGAAGUGUAAAAAACAAACCAACAAAAAAAAAAUUCUAUUUUAUAUUUUGUAAUGAUAUGGCACAUACCUAACCCAUGGGUGGAUCUAUGCAGAAGGAAACUCAGAUGUGAGUGUUCAUUUUCCUUCACUAACACGAGACUUUUCGUUUCAGCUGCAGUGUUCAUUAUGACUCCAGUUAUUGCUGUUUAUGUUUUUUCAUGGCGGUCGUAAUACUUAGUCUUCACUUAUUGGCUUCAUGCGCCCUCUUGCCAACACACUGCUUAGUGAUUUUUCUCAAUUCUGUACUUUUUUUUUUUUUUUUAUUAACAACACAGCCUUAUUUUCCCCUAUAUGGGCCCAUUUACAUGGCAGAAUUUAAAGAACUCCAGGACGUAACAACUUAUCCCCUAUCCUAAGGACUGGGGAUAAGUACAGUAUCAACACUCCCCCUCUAUGGCUAUCUCCGGCUCUGCCAUAGAGCUGCAUGGAUGGGGCGUGUCGGCCACAGCUUCAUGCUGUGGUCAAAACAUCUUCUUUCAUGCAGAGAGUCGGUUCACUGUGCCGGUGAAGGGUCCCAAUAGUCGCGCGGGGGGAUGGGUCCCAAUGGUCGGAUCCCUUACGAUCUGACACUAAUUCCCUAUCUUAAAGAAAGGGGAUAGGUUGUUAUAUCCCAGAGUUGUCCUUUAAGUGCAUAAUCCAGUGGAAAUAUUCCGCUCAGAAAUUCCAUUGCAGCAGCCUCCCAUUGUUUUCUGAUCUUCAUUCUUUCUGCGGAGUUCCUUAAAGGUGUAGUCAAGUUUAGAAAAAUAUACCCCCUAUCCAAAGGAUAGGAAAUAAGUGUCAGAUUGCGGGGGGAUCCCACCACUGGGACCCCCGCGAUUCACUGCCCGGUGCCCUGGCUCUCCCCAAACACAGAGCUAUGCGGUGGUCGAAGUGCCCCAUGCCAUACAUCUCUAUCGGAGAGACGGAGGGGGCGAGGGGAUGGGUCCCAAUGGUCGGACCCCUUGUGAUCUGACACUAAUUCCCUAUCCUUAAGAUAGGAGAUAGGUUGUAACAUCCUAGAGUUCUCCUUUAAGUGCGCAAUCCAGUGGAAAUAUUCCACUCAGAAAUUCUGUUGCAGCAGCCUCCCAUUAUUUCCUGAUCUUCAUUCUUUCUACUGAGUUCCUUAAAGGAGUAAUCAAGUUUAGAAAAAUGUAUCCCCAAUCCAAAGGAUAGGAAAUAAGUGUCAGAUUGCGGGGGGAUCCGACCGCUGGGACCCCCCCAUGAUUUACUGCCGGGUGCCCUGGCUUUCCCCACACACAGAACUGUGCGGUGGUUGAAGUGCCCCCGCCAUGCAUCCCUAUCGGAGAGCCGGAGAUACAUGAAUACAGAGCUUCGGUUCUCCCAUAGAGAUGCAUGGUGGGCACCCCGCUCCGUGCACGAAGAGAGCCGGUUCCAGCGGUCGGACCCCCCACAAUCUGGCACAUAUCCUAAGGUGGAUACACUUUCCUAAAGUGGAUAACCCCUUUAAGGGAUUGGUGAAUAUUUGCAUUUGUAUUCACUUGCUCCAGUAUAUCUUAUCUUUGUAAACAGUCUACUAGUGUUUUGUGUAUAAAGAUCCUGUGCAGGCCUCGGUGUCUCCAUGGUUACAGACUACAAACCCUAUGUGUAGUCUGAUCCUCCCUCUGGCUACAAAAUAGAAAAAAAGAAGAAUAACUACAGGAUCAGAUUACACAUGACUCUGCAUAGUAGCUGUAUAGAAAAAAAAUCUAGUAUUAUUUAUUUAUUUUAAAUUUUUUUUUAGAAUCUAGACCAGUG